AUGUACGCAGAUAGGACUGAUCUGACAGGUGUAGUAUCCUCUCGGGGCGUCACGGGGACGCAGCGGGUCAGGGCAGCUCUCCAAAGGCAGCCACCACCCUGCCGCUCCCAGAUCGGGGCUGUGAAGGACGGACAUUCACGCGAGGGCCGGCCGUCCCAACCCAUGUCAAAGGCCCGCUGCCCGCCACUUACUCCGCUCGCCACCCGCUGCUCGAGAUACGGUGACCCGCCCUUCGCCCCCCACCUUGCCGCCAUGUCCCAGCCCGUCCAAGAACCGUGCCAACAGCAGUGCAAGCAGCCAACCGUCCUACCACCGGCUCUGCGCCCCGAGCCCGGCCCGCCCCCUCAGAUGGAGCCGCAACUGAAAGUGCCACAGAAGCCACCGACCGAGCUACCGGGCAAGACCCCGCAGGUGAAAAGCCCAAUCCCCGUCCAGGUCAGCUCCGACCCACAGCCGGACCAGAAGGAGGGGGAGAAAGAGGACCAGACGGACGACCCCAGCCCACAGCCGGACCAGGAGGAGGGGAAGAAAGAGGACCAGUCGGACGACUCCAGCCCACAGCCGGAGCAGACGGAGGGGAAGAAAGAGGACCAGAUGGACGAUCAGCAUCUGGAGAAGGAGAAGCAGCUGCUGGAGAAGGAGCUGGAAGAGAAGAAGGAGCACCUGAAGAAGCAGCUGGAGGAGCAGCUGGAGGAGAAGCUGAAGUUGAAGGACCCAGAGGACGACCAAAAUCUGGAAAAAGAGAAGCAGCUGCUGGAGAAGGAGCUGGAAGAGAAGAAGGAGCACCUGGAGAAGGAGCUGGAACAGGAGGAGCCAAAGGACGACCAAAAUCUGGAGAAGGAGAAGCAGCUGCUGGAAAAGGAGCUGGAAGAUAAGAAGGAGCAGCUGAAGAAGCAGCUGGAGGAGGGGCUGGAGAAGGAGCUGGAGCAGAAGGAGCCGAAGGACGAUCAGCAUCUGGAGAAGGAGAAGCAGCUGCUGGAGAAGGAGCUGGAAGAGAAGAAACAGCAGCUGGAGUAGCAGGAGAAGCCGCUGGAGCAGCAGCUGACCCUCCAGACCCCACCCCCCUGGACGGAAAAG